GUAUAGCUAGUUCACUAACGUUACUUAAAAAUCCAGUUUCAUGAUUCACUUAAUUAAUAAAUAAAUACUUAUUCGCUGUCAUGGCGGAAUCUGCAGCCUGUCCUGCGUUCCAGCUUGGAAGACCUCGAUAUGAUCAGAGUACCUUUCUUGGCCGGCUGAGACACUUUGUAGAGAUCAUCGACCCCAGCACACUCUUUGUAUCUGAGAGUCGAUUGACAGAAUGCGUCAAACUCCUGGAUGAUUUUCAACAUGGAACACUACCUCCUGGAGUUACAGAUCUACAGCUAUGGGAAGCCCAAAAGGUCAAGCAGGCCAUCAUUCAUCCUGACACAGGAGAGAAGAUCUUCAUGCCUUUCCGAAUGUCAGGUUAUGUCCCAUUUGGAACACCAAUUGUUGUGGGCCUUCUUCUUCCAAAUCAGACUGUGGUAUCCACUAUUUUCUGGCAGUGGCUGAACCAGAGUCACAAUGCCUGUGUCAACUACUCAAACCGCAAUGCUACUAAGCCUACACCGACAUCCAAGUUUCUUCAAGGUUACUUCGGAGCUGUGACCAGUGCUGUCUCCCUUGCGGUGGGACUGAAUGUACUGAUUCAGAGAGCCAACAGGUUGAGUCCAGCAACCCAAAUGAUCAUACAGAGACUCAUCCCUUUCCCAGCUGUGGCCAGUGCCAACAUUUGCAACGUGGGCCUCAUGAGGCACAAUGAGCUGUCGGAGGGCAUCGACGUGCUGGACGGAAAUGGGAACGUGGUGGGCUCCUCAAAGAUUGCUGCCAAACAUGCAAUUAUGGAGACAGCCUUUACCAGAGUGGUCCUCCCGAUGCCAAUCUUUGUCCUUCCUCCCAUCAUCAUGUCCUACCUAGAAAAACUUCCAUUCCUGCAGACGAAUCGGAGGCUGUUGCUGCCCAUCCACAGCCUGGUGUGUCUGGCUACCUUCAGCCUCUCCCUGCCCUUAGCCAUCAGCCUAUUCCCACAGAUGUCUCAGAUCGAGGUGUCUCAGCUUGAGCCUGAGAUCGCCAUGGCAACCGAUAGCAAGGUGGUGACCUACAACAAGGGACUGUGAUGACGGCCCCCGAGGAGAAGGUAGAGGACAGGGCACGGAACAGCGAUUUAAAUGAGCCUCCUUUUUGAUUGGCUGUCACGGACACUCCAGGUCUCUCUGCGGUGUAGGGUGAAGUUGCACCUAGAUGCUGAUCUUGGGUCAGUUUAGCAUUUUCCCCACUAAUGGAUUCAGGGAAGGGAAGCUGAUCCUAGAUCUGUACCUAGGGGAAGCUUCACCCCGGAGCUCUCUCUCCCAUAGCCUAACAUGGUAACAGGUCUAGGCACUUUCUGCUGCAUAUAGUGUAGCAUAUAUUAUCAUGUGCUGUCUUAACCAAUAUGUUUUAUUGUCACUUACACCAGAGAGGUGCAGUGAAUUGUGUUGUUUUACAGGGUCAGCCAUUGCAGUCCGGCACCCCUGGAGCAUAUUAGGGUUAAGUGCCUUGCUCAAGGGCACAUCUGCAGAUGUUUUACCUUUCGGUUACUUGCCCAACACUCUAACCGCUAGGCUACUUACCACCUAUUAUGCCAAUCAGGAAUGAUUGAGGAAGUUAAAGAAAUAAUAGACUAAUAAUAUAUUAUGAUGGAACUUUAUCAUGUUAUGCCUAUACCAGCUAUUUUACAAUUGGUGGUGCUGAUCAACCCAUUCAUAUGAAAUAUGUUUUUAUUGUUCACCCAAAUUACUGUAGUUGUUUGAAUGUUUGGGGGAGGACAUACAUGUACUGACGUCAAAACAUAUUUAGUAUUUUUCUGAAAUAGUUUAUAUUUUUAAAUCAAAAAGAGUUUUACAAGCAUAUCAGUGUUGAGUGAUAGAUCCUGAUUGGCUGUUCAUGUCUUAUGAUGGGCGGCAGGUAGCUUAGUGGUUAAGAGCGUUGUGCCAGUAACCGAAAGGU